AUGGCUAUUCAAUCGCUCAGCGCUCCCUACGAGUGCACUCCCUUCUCCUCCAAUGCCCCAGGCUCGUGGCUGCGUGAGACAUCCAACCAUGUCCCACGGUAUUUAUUCAGGGUCUACACCCCCAACUCGGGCGGUCUCACGAACCGAAAGUGGGCCAUGUCCAUGGAGGCUGCACAUGAGCGCCAGUCUGAAAUCCCCGUGGAUGUCUGCAGCCGCCGCGCCAGUGUAAUCGCCGAUGAGCUUGCGGAUCACCUCCGCUGGACAUAUCAUCGCUCCUUCAGCCCCUUUGUGUCAUGGACAAGCUCACUCUUGGUGGCUAUCCUAUACAUGUUCAACCGUUAUAGCACGGAUACUAAUGGCGCCACACUCAAUGAUAUUCAUCUGUGUAUCGUGGAUACCAGAUUAUUCCCGAAAGGAGUUUUCCUUCGAGACAUGGAUUUGAUACGCCCGCUGAGCCCCCAUAACCAGCGGUUGGCACGGCUCGAGAACCUCCGCCUGGGAAAUUACGGCACAGCACAUUACAAUGGAGAGUUUCUCUCCCAAGGGUCCCUGAAGAUCCAAGAUAGAUGUCAAGUUGUUACUCUUCAACAGCUUAUUGCCAGUGGCUUGUUUGAUCUACAACCGAAGUUCAUUACUUAUCUCGACUGGAGGCGCGAGGAGAAAACACCAUGGUCGACUGCCAUCCUAAAUUAUCGGUCGCUGUUCACUCCGGGCUUCCAAUCCGAUCUGCCUAGUCCCCGGGCGUUGGAUGCUGCCCUUCGUCUCGGAGGCCUUUUUGAAAACCACCUUGGGUUUCGAUUCUCCAUGGCAAUGAGCUUUCUUGCUUUACUUCCGCCGUCUCUUCUGGAUACCCGCUUCCUGGACGCAGUUCAAAGAAGUAAUAUUUAUUUUGAACUUCCUCUAGAGGAAAAAUUGUCAAAUGUUCGAGUUUUUACACAUCAAGCCUUGGCAGAGGCUAAACGGUUUCAGGAUAUUCUUUUCCUUAUUGAUCGCCAACUUGAGCCGUUGAGGGAUAAAUAUUUAGAGCAUCUCGAGGACACCGAAAUCGAGGAAGUUGCGCAGUGGUUUGCAUACUACUCUCAACGUAAUUUAGUGACUAACAGCGUGACUUCUAUCCGCCUUUCGGAUUGA